CGAACAUGCCGAAAAAUUGUUUUUUUGUUCACAGUCUUUAAUUCUAAGUCGUCGUUGUUCGUACUGUUGACUCCGAGAUUAGUAUUUCUAUUUUUCUUUUUUAUUAGCUGUUGUUAAAAAUGAAUUUCAAAAACAUAAUUACCAUAACAAUAUUAUUUGUAUUUAUUAACUACGUGGCCGGAGGUUUAAUUUCCGCAGGUCUUGCGUAUGUAACACAUAAAAAUCAAAAGACUGGCCAAGAAAAACUUGAACACAUGAUAGAAGAGAAAGCUGCUGAAAUCGAGUUAAAACAAAGUAUGGGUGUUAUGCCUAACGAUAAUACCGAUACCCAACCUAAAGUUGAAAGCGCGUUAAAACGUGAAUACAUGAUAGAAGAGAAAGCUGCUGAAAACAAGUUAACACAAAGUAUGAGUGUAAUGCCUGACGAUAAUACCACUAGCCAAGCUAAUAUUAAACGCAUGAUACAGAAAGCUGCUGAAAUCGAUUUAAAACGUGGAAUGGGUGUUAUGCCUAACUAUAAUAUCAAAAUUGCUGAAAUCGAUUUAAAUCGUGGAAUGGAUGUUAUGCCUAACUAUAAUACCGCUAGCCAACCUAAAGUUGAAAGCGCGAUAAAAGUUGACCGCGAGAAAGAAAAGCUAGCAUUGAUCCCCGAUGAUCCAAAAAUUCAGAAGAUGAAUGUUGAUUAUACAAGAGAUCCUCAUCAAAAAAAUCAAUUUGAUGCGUUUAACCUGUUUUAAUGGAUUGAGUUCAGUAAUUUGUAAUGUUAUUGAAAAACAACAUUUUCAUAUACAUUUUUGUCUUAUAAAUUUCAAUUAAAAAUAUUUUGUUUUUAAAUAAAAAUAAUAUAAUCUCUAUCUCUAUUUGUAUAAGUAUAUUUGUGUUUA